AUGAUUAGUGCGUAUCAGCCAACCAAUGCAACGACAACACGCAUUCAACUCGCUUCGAUGCCACAAUUGGCCGAGGCGACAACCAAGCAAGAUGACUGGACUGGAACCAAAGAUGCCGCAGCACGCAGACGGGCACAGACUAGACUCAGCACAAGGGCAUACCGAAAACGCAAAGCCCUAGCAAGCAAGGCCGCAGCGCCCAAUUCCACCGCUAGGGCAAUGACUAAAUCAGAAGCGCUAGUAGAUUGCUGGGAUAUCGAUCACCAAUCAGUCUGCACAGUCCCGGCAUCCCGUAUCAAACAACUGUACAAUUCAAGAGAUCCCUUGCUACCGAAAAAUCCUAGAAAGGAGAAGCUUGAGAUCCUAUUCCCUCUUUGUCCAGACCACCUCAUCACACUCCUCCAGUACAACGCCCUCCGCGCCCUAGCCGUCAACCGCUCUCUCAUCUCGGGCAUCCUCGUCACGCCACUCGACUGCGAUAAGGAAAUUAUCCACGUCGUCCCUUAUCCUACCAAGCCCGGACUAGUCCCUUCAGCGCUUUUGCCCACCACCCUUCAACAAACGGUGCCACACGGCGACUGGAUCGACCUCUUCCCGAGUCCCGAGGGACGAGAUCGCUUGAUACGGGCCAUCGGGGCCUUCGAUGAGGACGAGCUGUGGGCUGACUGUAUUGGCGGACUAUACGAGGGAUUUCCAGACGAUGAGAUCAAGCGACGCGGCAUCAUUGCAUGGUCGCCACCCUGGGAUAUUACAGGAUGGGAGAUGUCGGAAGGAUUUCUGAAGAAGUGGGGUUGGAUAUUUCAAGGUUUGCCAGGAGCGUUAGAGGCGACGAAUCGAUGGCGGAUACAGAGAUGCGAGGAGCCGCUUAUUCGUGAAGACUGCACAGCACAUGCAAUUAUGUGA